AUGUCUACAACAACACAGACAAUGAUAUACACCAAAUCCGCAACAAAGGAAAUUGAGGACUCUUUACGAUUAAUUGAUGAUUUAAAAUUCUUCCUUGCAACAGCUCCUGCUAACUGGCAAGAAAAUCAAGUCAUCCGAAGAUACUAUUUAAAUCAUGAUGAAGGCUUUGUAAGCUGUGUAUAUUGGAACAAUUUGUAUUUCAUUACUGGUACUGAUAUUGUGAGAUGUAUUGUUUACAAGUUUGAACAUUUUGGUCGCAAAAUUGUUGAUCGAAAGAAGUUUGAAGAAGGAAUAUUUUCUGACUUGAGAAAUUUGAAAUGUAAUACUGAUGCUAUAUUGGAACCACCAAGAUCAGAAUUUCUUGAAUUCUUAUUUAAAAAUUCCUGUUUGAGAACGCAAAAAAAACAAAAGGUUUUCUUUUGGUUCAAUGUGCCUCAUGAUAAAUUAAUGGCUGACGCUUUGGAAAGAGACUUGAAGAAGGAAAAACUUGGCCAGAAACCAACUACAAUUGCUCAUAAAGAGCCAGCAAUUAGUUUCAAGUACGAUGAAAAUUCUAGUUUAUUUACUCAAUUGACAAAGCAUAUUGAAAGUCAAACAGACGGUUCCCUUAGUCUAUCCAAAACAAGUGCUUUGAAUACUGCCAACACCACAACUACCGCCACAUCUACUUCUGACGAUGUAAGCCUACUAGAUCAGAAAUCAUCACCGGAAUACGCAUCAUCUACCGCUAAUUGGAAAAACGACCAACCUAAGUAUCUCAAUGAUGGGUCAGAUCAUUUGUUCAGAUCUAAAACCAACCAAUCACCUUUCGACAAAGAUGAAAAGAAAGCUUCCGUCUUGGCGGAAUCUGAAAAAGAUGAAGAUGACGACAAUGACGAUGACGACGAUGAUUUUCCCUUGGAUUAUUUUGUUUCGCAGGGCAAUAACGAUAAUUAUAUCACGUUGGAUUCUAAUUACCAAGGAGGUUCAUAUGCAAAUAUAUUUGAUGAUGCCAAUGAUGACGAAUUCCUUGAUCCGAAUUUAUUCAUACCUUCUGAACUGACAAAUGCAACUCUGAACCAAGUUGUCGUUAAUGAUGAAUACUUGAUUGAGCAAACACAACCUUUGAAAACACCGCUACCGCCAAGUGUUCCAACAUCAGGUGCAAAGUUGUUGUCAUUACCAAAUCAAGAUAAUAUAGGUGAUGAAUUUUUUUCAUAUCCUCAGCUAACAGGUGCUUUGGCCACGAGCUAUCCAAUUCCAUUGUCAGCUAAAGUACAAACUACUUUUAAACUGCAACAACAAUCUCAAACCGGUGCCUCAGGUGGUCUAACUACACCACAAUUUCUCAAAAUUCCUCAACAACAAAUGCAAGUACCAUCUCAAGCAUUCAAUUUAUAUGAGCAGCAACAAUACUUGGCCGAUGUUUCAGGAAUUGGCUAUAAUCACAACCUCAUACAUCCUGAUAGUGAAUACUGGACCACGGGUCAAGUCAAUCACAACUUGACUGACGCAAAUUCCAUUCUAGAUUACAGCUCGGGUUUAGGAUACGGUUACCCAAUGCAACAACACCCUAUGAUGUACAUGAACGAUGAGUUCUUGCCCUAUUUUGUCAAUCAACCAAUGAUGAUACCACAACAACAAUCGAUUGCUGCUCUACAGCAACAACAGCAACAGUUGAAAUUUCAGAGCAUGACGAGGCAGCAGCAGAUCAGUAAUAAAAUGAUGAAUAAAAAGAGACAAAUGCAGCAACAACAACAGCAGCAACAGCAGCAACAAGCACAAAAGCUGGUGCUGGUCCAGAAACGGAAACAGAAAAUGAACGGGGUCAUUGGUGGUGGUGGUGUAACAAAGAAAAUCGUGCUAAAGACGGAAAAACCUCAAAUAUCAUUAAACGAAGUAGUAAACUCCAAAACUACGAGACUUACAAGUAAGGAGUUAAGCAAUUGA